AUGUCUUCUUACAAAGGCAAGAACACUUUACAAAUCUUGUUUUUGUUUCUCUCGUUCAUCUCAACAAUACAAGCACAGUUUUUCGUGCAAUCGUCGUCCUCUAAUUCAUCGGCAAUAUCCAGUGGGUUCUCGUCGACAAACACGCUGAGGUUAUCAAGUACCUUGUCGUCAUCGAGUUUGGUUUCCUCCUCAAGUGCGGAUAUUUCUUCCUCCCUUUCUUCAUCAACAUCCAGUAGAUCCUCUGCGUCACACACAACUUCAUCUACUAGUGUUGCCUCCGUAUCGUUCACAUCAUUCAGUGUUUCAUCUGCUUCAAGCAGCAGUAGCAGCAGCAGCAGCAGCUCUUCCUCUGUUUCUAGUUCUAGUUCUUCAGCUUCUCCAUCCUCUUCAUCCUCCUCUGCCCCUUCAACCUCCGAAUCAUCGGCAUCGUCGACAUCCGAGUCAGCAUCAUCUUCAUCCUCCCCCCCAUCAACCUCUUCUACGCCGUCCUCUCAAUCAACAAUCACCUCUGCACCUUCAACCUCUUCCACCUCAUUGACUACUUCCUACAAUCAAGGAAGCACUAUCACCAGUGUUAUUAACGGUAAGACGAUUCUCUCAAACCAUUACACUACUGUUACAUAUACGCCAUCGGCGACUGCCGAUCCAAAUAGCAAAUCAAAAAGCUCUGGUCUUUCCAAAAAAAAUAGAAAUAUUGUUAUUGGUUGUGUGGUUGGUAUUGGUGUGCCACUGAUUCUGAUAAUCCUGGUCCUUAUUUACAUGUUUUGCAUCCAAUCAUCAAGAACUGACUUUAUCGACUCAGAUGGUAAAGUCGUUACAGCUUAUAGAGCUAACAAAUUUACCAAAUGGUGGUAUAUGCUUUUGGGUAAGAAAGUUAGCGAUGAAUACCAAUCUAACUCACCUUUGGGUGGUAGCGCAUCUUCAGCAGGUGGCUUAGAUCUCGAUGAAGCAGAUGAUGUGAUGGAGCAAAGCUCCCUUUUCGAUAUGAGAAUAGGGGACAGCGAUAGCGUAUUGGCUACCAACAAUGCCGACCAUAAUAAUUUUAAUAAUGGUGGAGAGCACAUGAAUAGUAGCGCUGCAUCGAACGAUAUAAUAGAGGAAAAAUUUUAUGAUGAACGAGGGAACGAAUUAUCACCACGAAAUUACUAG